AUGAACAACGCCGCUCCCAACCCGCAGCGGAGAGGCCCCUGGUCACAAUAUGAGGAUGUGUAUCUUAUGGAACUUGUUCGCACACAUGGAGCUCUGAACUGGGUUCGCAUUGCGUCAACCCUGGGAACCAGAACACCAAAGCAGUGCCGCGAGCGCUAUCAUCAAAACCUAAAACCAACACUCAACCACGAACCCAUCACGCCCGAGGAAGGUGCACUAAUCGAACGACUUGUCGCGGACCUCGGGAAACGCUGGGCCGAAAUUGCACGCCGUCUCAAUGGCAGGAGUGAUAAUGCUGUCAAGAACUGGUGGAAUGGUAGCCAAAAUAGACGCAAGCGCACUGAUCGACGACGUGCUGCACAGAAUCAUCAAGAUACCUACCAAUACCCGAACCGCCCCGGACUAUCCAUCUCUACACCAGCCAUGCCCAUGCCCGGAGCACAACUCUCACCCCUAACUGGCACUGCUAUGCGUCACCCCAUGAGUUCAUGGAUUGAGGCUCCCCUUCCCUCGCCAUGCUCUUCCGACUCUGCUGAAUCCGAAAUGGGAUCCAACUAUACCACAUCGCCUUCCCAUCAGACCAUGCAACUCGCUGUGCCCGUCGAACUGCCACCGCUGCGUCACUCAGGCUUGCCAACAGCUGGUGACAGGCUUCCCAGCUUUGACAGAUUGGCUCCUCCUCCCCAUCAUCAUGCGGACAGGCCUGAGUAUCAACCCAGGUUGCCUCCUUUUGCUCCUCAAGCGCAACUCCCCACCGCGCCCAACUCGCCUGUACAGCAGCAGCAGCAAUCGCAAAACCGAAAGACACAAGAUUCCAGGAUGCAUCUCUCGGCCCUCAUGGAUUAA